UUCAGGGAGGGCAGUCAGUCAGACAGAAUGUCCGGGAAGCGAGUCGUGCUGUUUGACCUGGGAGGGGUGCUGCUCACCCCCGGUCUGCAGGUCGUCUUCCAGCGGCUGGAGGAAUCCCUGCACCUCCCCAGAGGAUUUCUUCCAAGUGUGUUUCUGAAGAAUGGUCCAGAUGGAUAUUUUGCUCAGGCUGAAAGAGGACAGAUUCCUCUAUCUAAGUUAAUUACUGAAUUAAACAAUGACUGCAAGACUUCUGCUGAAGAAUCCGGCGUCGCUCUCCCAGAAUCCUUCUCACUGGAGCAGGCCUUCCAUGGCAUGUACGAGGAAGGAGGAAUUAAUAAACCGAUGCUGGAAGCCGCCGUGACCCUGAGAAACCAUGGGUUUAAAACAUGCAUUUUAACAAACAACUGGGUAGAUGACAGCCCUAGUCGAAGCAUCUCAGCAAAAUUAAUCUCCUUCCUUCAUCGCCACUUUGAUUUGAUUAUUGAGUCUUGCCGCAUUGGGAUGAGGAAACCAGAGUCCAAGAUAUACGAGUACGCGCUGCAAAAGCUACAAGCAAAACCAGAUGAGACCAUUUUCCUUGAUGACAUUGGUGCUAAUUUAAAGCCAGCUCGUGAAAUGGGGAUAUCCACCGUGCUUGUCAAAGACACAGACGUGGCUCUGAAAGAGUUGCAGGAACUGACAGGAAUCCAGUUUAUCGAAAGUAAGGAAUUUACGCCAACUCCUGCUAGCCCUGAGAAUGUGACUCAUGGAUUUGUAACAAUAAAGCCUGGUGUGAAACUACAUUUUGUGGAGAUGGGAAGUGGACCUGCUAUAUGCCUAUGUCAUGGCUUCCCGGAGAGCUGGUAUUCCUGGAGGUAUCAGAUCCCUGCCCUGGCAGACGGGGGUUAUAGAGUUCUUGCCUUGGAUAUGAAAGGUUAUGGGGACUCCUCUGCCCCUGCUGAAAUAGAAGAAUAUUCUCAAGAAGAACUCUGCAAGGGCUUGGUGGUGUUUCUUGAUAAGCUGGGUAUUUCUCAGGCUACAUUUAUUGGUCACGACUGGGGUGGUGCCAUAGUGUGGAACAUGGCACUUUUCUUCCCAGAAAGAGUAAGGGCAGUAGCUUCACUGAACACUCCCUUCUUUACUGCCGAUCCAAAAGUGAGAGCUUUGGAUAGAAUAAAAGCUAACCCCCUCUUUGACUAUCAGCUUUAUUUCCAAGAGCCGGGUGUUGCUGAAGCAGAGCUUGAAAGAAAUCUAGAAAGAACAUUUAAGCUGUUUUUUCAAGGUUCAAAUGAACAGGAUAAACGCACUAAAUUCUUUAAGACUUCAAGUGUACGUGAGAGAGGUGGAAUAUUUGUUGGGGCCCCUGAAGAUCCACCAUUGAGUGUAAUGCUGAAGGAAUCUGAUGUACAAUUUUACAUCAACCAGUUUAAGAAAUCAGGAUUCAGAGGACCAUUAAACUGGUAUCGAAACAUGGACAAGAACUGGCAGUGGUCAUUGACUGCGCACAAAUGGAAGAUUUUGGUGCCAGCUUUGAUGGUUACAGCUGGGAGGGAUCCAGUUUUGCUCCCAAUUUUCACUAGGGGGAUGGAGGACCUGAUUCCUAAUUUGUCAAGAGAAAACAUUGAAGAGUGUGGGCACUGGACUCAAAUGGAGAGACCAGCUGCAGUCAACAAAAUCCUCAUCAAAUGGCUGGGAGAGGUGCACCUUGCAACUGCCAAAUUAUAAGGUGCCUUGGACUCAAGAAUUCUUCUUUCCAGCUAUCGUUAAGAACUUGUAAUGAAUCACACUCUAUGGCCACCGAGAAAAUUCACAACAGAUAUACAGCAUGAUUUAGCAUAACCAACUAAAACAUCUUAAUUUUUUCAGCUGCCAAUCAAUAACAAUAAAUAUACUUAUUUUGUUAUAUAAUACCCCGAUACAUUGGUUCAUUAACAGGCACUAGACCUAUAAAUGCACUGAAGAAAUAACUUUUUUUUUUCUCUCUUUUGUUUUUGUUUUACCCAUUACCCAUGAAGUGACGCUACCCUGAAAAAAAUCAAGCAGAUUUCCCAGAACACCUAAUAGCCUAUAAAGUUCAAGCACGUGUCCUUCCCUAAUAGUCACCCUGGUGUGUGCUGAGUUGAGGGUCGGAAAUAUGGGAAGGUGGUCUGUAAUCGUUCCCAUUCUUCUCCUAUGCUAUAGGAUGGAGGCAGUAUCCCAAAGUUAAGUGUUAGCCUAAAAUAAUCCAGGCCUUCCACAUAAUUUUGUGAUGGAAAAGGCUGAAGCUUUAAUAGAAGGAAAUUGUGUUUAGGUGCCCUGCCUCUUCUGGUUGGUCCUAUUGUUUAUUGUGAUGCCUUCUUCUUCUCUUUCAUAUAAUUACACCUCAAACAAUGUUUACUGUUUCUAUGGUUAUUUUUCAUUUUGUUGCAAUAUAGAUAUCACCGUUAAGUGUGCCUACCUAAUUUCUGUUUUGCAUCUUGUACUUUUCUGUGCAAAUGAAGGGGUUAGUGUGCUGCCAUAUACACACAACUUGAUCAUGAUAUUUUCUGUAUUACUUUUCUAUAUAUUUCUAUAGACCAUAUAUUUGUCUUUCAAGAGGUGGAUUCAAACAUCUAUCAAGAAUUAUUACAAGGGACAUAGAAUAUCAAAACUUACAUAGCUAGGGAUAUAGUUCUUCCAUCAGCUUGGAAAGCAAAUUGUUGACCAUAUAAUUUUGAAAUUCUGGAUUUGGUCUUGAUUGGCCGUAGAUUAUUUGCAAUUAUACUGUGAAGUUUAAUGAUAGUUUUAGCAGAGUACCAAAAUGGCAAUCUAUUCUUAUCGCCUUAGCCUUAACAUAAACAAUUGUCUGUAAUUAACUUUUCUUAAUUCUCCAAUUAAUGGAGGGCACAACCUCUGUUUUAGGUUUAUAAACUGACUAAGUGUGUAAACUGUGAACAAUAAUGAAUUAUGUAUAAUUAAAGCAGGCUGAUGAAUAACAAAAA